CGUAGAUAGGUACCUAUACCUGAUACCCUUGGAAGGCUGAUGUUACACCUACAUCAUGGAUGCAUGUAACUAGGUACUAGGUCUGUGCCUGCUUGCGGCGGGGUGAUCACUUGAUGGAAUAAACCAGGCUCACCAUUAAAGUUACCUAGGCUAGGUACCCUCGGUAGGUUACCUAGGUUAGGUAUACAACACUCCUUACAACAUCAUACCUAGUACACACCAUUUCCCCAGAUCUCAUUAUUACCUACCAUUAUCCCUUACCAGAGACGAUAAUCUAUGCUCAUCACCCAAAACACUGCGCCAUGACGGCGACCCCAUUCACGCCUUACUGGCGACCUGUUUCAGCACCAGCCGGCCCGAACUCAUGGGUCUUCUUCGUCGUAUCCCGGAUCGCCGGCCGCCGCCGCCCCGUCGCCGUAGUUUCGAGCGUCGGCGACAUCGAGCCCGAACAGUCGCUACAAGGAUAUCCCCUUACCGCCUGCUGCCGGCGCGUCGUUACCAUCUUCUCGGACCCUGCUAACCACACAGCCAUUCGCGCCGAGCUAAAUCUCGCCGCUCGUCAUUAUGUGACAGACGGCGGCCGCGAACACUCCCUGGAACCGGUAGAGCUGCCGGAGUUCAGUCGUACCCAAUCAAAUACCAAGGACCGCACUCGGCCGUGGGAUCACACUAGCGUGCCCGAGUUCCCUUUCAUUGCCGCCUGCCUCCUCCAGGGCGUGGCCUUUGAUCCGCAGCUGGGCCUCACCCAGCCUGCACGUCCGGAACCACUGGGCACGGUGUAUCGCGACACCAGCAUCGAGUGGGGAAUGGUCGUUGUGGACAUCACCGAUCUGCAUGCCGUAUCCUACGGCAUAGUCGGCUUUACCGUGUGCCAAGCAAAGUUUGUUCCGACUCUGGAAGCCCAAAGAAAUCCGGUCUCCAUGGGGGCCAUGGGCCCAGGCGUCUUCGAGCGGGGCGAGCUCAGAGUCAUGGAUGAGGUGCGGCCCCGGAGAGCUACGUCGGUAGCUGAGUAUAUGGCCAAGUUUGAUUAUGAGGCUUGGCCAAGUGGCGAUGCCGUUGAGCAUUUAGCUCGGACGCCUCUGGUUGACGCGGCGGCAAUGAGCCUGGUGUGGCCGCCAAGGCCAGGGGAGGAUAUAGAUCCGUUACCAGUCGACCUGUCUGCAAAUACCGAGAAAGAUUCGCAGGGAAAUCAGGCUGUCAUGAAGCUCAUCCGAGAGAGUUCCAAUGUGGAUUUCGACAUGUCUAUCUUCGAGGAGGCCUGCGCCGUCCCUAACUUCAAGGGCCUUCUCCGACACAACCUGAUGGAAAACCCACAUUGGCUAAAGGCCACAUGCUUAGUUGGCCCACUCAUCCGAUUAGCCUUUACGAACCAUGAACAGCAUCUUGGCCUGGAGCAGGUGGGAAACAUUACUGUCAAGUCCAUUGCAGCGGCCUUGGAAGAGCCGGAGACUACUGGGAUCACGUCCCUUAGCCUCUGCAUCGACGACGUUUGGAUCGGCACACCAGCCCAGAUCAUUGACGUGCUAUCGCGCGUCGAUUCGCUGCGCGAGAUCUACUUCCUCCAGCACCCCGCGCAGGACAGCGACGCAUUGAGCGUUGAGCUUUUCGCCGAGCUAGCAGCUCGGCCGGAGAUGCUAUCGCGCGUCCACGUCAUGUUCGCGGGCGCGUACUCAGCGGCCCUGCGCAAGCGCUUCUGGCUGCCGACCACCACCAACAACAACGCGGUGCAGCUAGCGCCGCUCUCAGUGUUCCCCGUGCAGCAGAUCUUUACGCGCCACCAGCUGCAUGCAAGCGGCAAAGGAACAGCGGCCUUCGAGCGCUCCUACGUGUACCUCGGCGACGGCCUCCUGCGGCCCAAACGCUUCGCCGCCGGCUUCCUGCUCUACCUAUCCACGCUCCCGCCGUCCGUGCACGACGACGCCUUCAACACCACAGCGCAGCUCUUCGCCUUCUCCAGCGGCCCCGCCUCCCUCUCCCAAGCCGAUGGUCCGCUAUCCACCACUGCGGCCAUCAGCCCCAUCCUCGCCGAGUCCUUCGCCCUCCCCGUCUGGCUGCCCCACCGGAGCUCCAACCACUGGCCGCGCGCGCGGGACCUCGACCCAGCCGGCUGGACCGUGCUUGUCUCGCAGGAGAUGCCCCGCGGCUCCGCCACGGCGCGCUACAUCCGCUACGCCUUCGUGCGGCCGCGCCACCGACGGAUCCUCGUCGAUCAUCCGCCGUACACGCCCCCCGGGCCCGAAGACCUCGAGGUCGUAGGAUUGAAAGAGUUCCUGCGGCUCACGGCGCCGGAGAUCGACUCGGCGCUCGUCGACCGCCGGCUAUCGGAACUAGCGGGGCAGAUAGCGGCUGGGGGGCCGUACUGGAAGCCGUUGCCGCCCGGUGGAGGCGUGGAGGCGCUGGCGGUGCUGGGGCAGGCGGAGGCGGCGCAGAUGCUGCUGGAGUUUUUGGGGGAUGCGAGGGAGGGGAAGACGAGGCUGAGGGAGGCCAUGGCGGAGUGUCCGGGUGGUGAGUUUGAGUUUGUCCCUUUCCCCUUUUUCCCCGUCGAUAAACUAAAUCCUGGCUGUUUGUCUUACUGACGGUUCUAGAACGAGAUUGGUACCCGGAGCUUCUUGAGGGGGGGGAUCAGGGUUCGGUGUAGGUAGGUAGGGCGUCAGUAGUGCUACGGAAAGGGGGGUUUUGCUCCUGAUACAGAUAUGAUUGUUUUUGAUUACAUGCCUAGUACCUACCUAUCUGGGUAUAUACAUUGUCAGGUUUAUUCAUACACAUGUAAGUUUGGGUAAUCUACCUAUGUCCUGGGCGGCAAGAGGUGUCUAUGAAAAGUGUGCCUAUUCUCAUUCGGUCGUCACAAACCCGGGGCCCUAGAAAUCUACAUAAGGUACUAUUCAGAUUUCAUCUUUUCAAACCCGCCCGAGCGAGCGUGGGAAAUACCUCUUGCGCUGCUAUUUGAGUCUCCUGUGUUUUUUGAAUUUUUCUUUCUAGGCACAAACACUGGAUUUCUCUUGAGCAAAGUACGAAGAUAGUUAUGGCAUGAAGAAGUAGGGUUCAAAAAGUGCAAUUUUCAGACGAUAUGUGAACUUGUAGGAAUUGUAUUUAUUUUUAUUUUUUAUUUUUAUUUUUAUUUCUAUUUUUAUGUUUUGUUUUCUAUGUUGUUCUGUUUAUAUGAUAU